CUCAUCACCUCUGGAAUGUGAAGCCACUUCUUCUCCACCACUCUCUCCACUCUCUCAGUUACUAAAAUUCUAUCUAAAAAUGUCCACACCACCCGUUACAACAUCCUCCCCUCCACCUCCUGACCCACCACCCCCACCACCACACGACCUACCCACACCUCCUCCUCCUAUCCCCCACCAGCACCUCAACAAAACGAUCCUCCUCGUCCUGAACAAAAACAGCGACGGGGACGCCCUGCUCCCGAUGCGCAAACUGAUCCUUGAAUCCUCCAAUAAUCCCCAUCAGCAAGUCUACAUCGUAGAACAGCAAGACUUGAAAGAGGAAGAAUUAGUCGAUAAUGACCGCCUGGUGACCUCUUCCACAAAUCCUUCAUCCUCCUCCACAACCCACCAACAAAACUACCACCGGGACUCGGAAUUAGUCGCGGCGGCGAUCGACUUUCAGCCUCCUUAUUUCCCACCUCCUAAUUUCCACCAUCACCAGAUUAGUGGAGGUGGGAGUGGGAAUAAUAACAAUGAGCAGUAUUAUCAACAGCAGCAGUAUCAGCACCUCACCCUUAGCUCCUCCACUGGCGGUGGAUCUUCCAACCCAACAGCCUCCACCACGACGACCUCCUCCCCGAUAACCUCCUCAAAUCCACGCUCCCCUGGAGGAGAAUUCUACAACGACCGGAUCCGCCGUGGGAGCUCAGAGUACAUUGUCGACAGCUCAUCAGAAGUCGUCCAGCAGCAGCAGCACCAUCAACAUAAUAAUAAUGAGGAGGAAUUGAUGGACCUCCACCAACACCACCACCAGCACCACACCCACCAGGAUCUAGAGGAUGAAUAUAACCAGGAGUUACUCAAAGGCAUAAAAAACACCUCCACCACGUCCCCCUCCACCUCAAAACCUCACCCUUUGCUCCUCCUCGACCCCACGACGACAACGACCACCCAAGGAAACAAGAUGCUCCACUAUUCGAAUUUCCAGCAGCAGCCAUCGGACGUUUUUUGCUCCGUUCCUGGGAGGUUGUCGCUGCUGAGUUCCACGAGUAAAUACAAAGUGACGAUCGGGGAGGUGCAGAGGAGGUUGAGCCCCCCGGAGUGUCUCAAUGCGAGUUUGCUAGGGGGGGUGUUGAGGAGGGCAAAGAGCAAAAAUGGAGGCCGCCUAUUACGUGAAAAGCUGGAAAAGAUCGGGUUAAAUUUGCCAGCGGGGAGGCGGAAGGCGGCCAACGUCACCUUGCUCACCAGUUUAGUGGAGGGAGAGGCAAUCCACCUGGCCCGUGACUUUGGCUACGUCUGCGAAACGGAGUUCCCAGCGAGGCAAAUCGCCGAGUACUUAACCCGACCCCACACGAAUGAUAUUAACGAGGCGUUGAGGAGGAGGGAGGUCCUGCAGGCGGCCAGACACACAACAAAGGAACUCCUCGACCUCCUGAACUCAGACCGCAGCCCGUUGUGCAACACCCGGCCCUCUCCCCUCCUCGACCCCACGAUCCAACGCCAUCUGACCCAUUUUUCCCUCAUAACGCAUGGUUUUGGAGCCCCCGCCCUGGUCGCGGCCCUCACAGCCAUUCAGAACUAUACGGGGGAGAGUAUUAAACAGAUUGAUAAGGUUUUUCCUACUGGAGGAGGGGGUGGGGCUGAUCUCAAAAAGGAGUUAUUAGAUAAGAAGUGAUGAUGAAGGGGGGGGGAGUGGAUGGGUGUACAGUUUUUUUAGUGUGUUUGUUUUUAUGGAUAUUGAUAAUGAAUAAAUAAAGUGAGGUUUUAAGGAUUGGA